AUGAAGCUGACGAGCAAUUCAUUGGCCGCUCUGGCCGCCGCCUCUGCCAUUCCUUUUGCAGCCGGCACGUCGAGUACUGGAGACGGUCCCGACAAGAACGGCAAGUACUGGAUUCGCGCAAAGGGCAUUGAGGCCUCCUUCAUCCCCUACGGAGCGUCCAUCUCGAACCUGUUCAUCAACGAUCGAUAUGGCAUCCAGCGCGACCUCGUCGGCGGCUUCGACAAUGCGACGUACUACGGCAUUGACAAGCAACACCCGCACUUUGGCGGCGUGCCUGGCCGCUAUGCCAAUCGCAUCAAGAACAGCACCUUCACCAUUGACGGCAAACAAUAUCAUGUCCUGCCCAAUGAGAAUCCCACCAAGGCUGCGCCCAACGGAUCAGAUACUCUGCACGGAGGGCCCGAUGGCUGGGACUGGCGUAACUUCACCGUGACGGCGUAUUCCCCCACCAGCAUCACCUUCAGCAUCACCGACCCAGACGGCAAAGAGGGCUUCCCCGGCGAGGUCGUCUCGCACAUCACGUACACCGUGAAGGAGAACCAAUGGGACUUUGUCAUGGUGGCCCAGGCCACGACGAAGAAGACGCCCAUCAUGCUCAGCAGCCACACGUACUGGAACCUGGACGGCUUCGCCAACAACCAGACCCAGACGGCGCUGAACCACACGCUGCAUCUGCCCUAUGGCGGACAGCGCGUCGGCGUGGACGGCUUCUUGAUCCCGACGGGCGACAUUGUCGCGAACAAGAAGGAUACGGCGAAUGACUUUUGGUCGGAGCCGAAGCAGCUGGGCAAGGGUUUCCAGCAGAGCGGCAUCAAGGAGAACUGCGGCAACAACUGUACCGGCUUUGAUACCUGCUAUCUCACCAACCGCGGCGCGCUGGGCAACUUUGACUGGCGCACCGAAGGCCCUGUCGCAAGUCUGUCUUCCCCUUGGUCGGGCAUUCACCUCGACAUCUACUCCGACCAGGACGCCUUCCAGGUGUACACCUGCAACGGGCAGAACGGCUCUCUGGCGCUGAAGACGACGCAGGGCCUGCACAACAACAAGAAGUUCCCGAGGACGAUCCCGCAAUACGGAUGUCUGGUCAUGGAGGUGGAGGACUGGAUCGACGGCAUCAACAACCCGGAAUGGGGAAGGAAGCAGAUCUGGGGACCUGGCGAUGCUCCCACGAUCACAAGAGGCGAGGGGCAGCGAGGGGCCACAAAAAAAGUUGGAAUACAGACACUAGCCAUCAAUCACGAAGAGAUGGAAGACGACAGGGCGCUCGUCGGCCUCGGCACAGCGGCAGAUAUCGAAGAAUCGCAGUUAGAAGUUCAUAAGCUAGACACCGCGACCGCCGAGAACGCGGCACCCACAACAAGACAGCCCAAGAGGCGCUUUGUAGGAAGAAGAGCGGCAGAUGAAGCAGCGGCAGCAAAGGCAACGACGGAAGAAGGCGGCAGCGGCGCCGUUCAAGCCGCCAAGCCUCGACGAGCCCCCCGACUCCUUAACAGAGUGCCCAAAGAAAUAUCCGAAGAUCCCAGCAUCAAGGAAGCUAUCGCCCUGCUACCGGCCAACUACAACUUCGAGAUCCCCAAGACGAUACACCGAGUGCGCGAGUCUGGCGCCAAAAAGGUUGCGCUGCAGAUGCCCGAGGGUCUGCUCCUGUUUGCGACAACCAUUUCCGACAUCAUAACGCAGUUCUGCCCCGGCGUGGAGACACUCAUUAUGGGCGAUGUGACAUACGGCGCCUGCUGCAUCGACGACUAUACUGCGCGGGCGCUGGGCUGCGAUUUGCUGGUGCAUUAUGCGCAUAGCUGUUUGAUUCCUGUGGACGUGACCAAGAUCAAGACGCUGUAUGUCUUUGUCGAUAUAAGCAUCGAUACGUCGCAUCUGGUAAACUCGCUGGAGCGAAACUUUGCCAGCGGUAAGACUAUUGCCAUUGUUGGCACCAUCCAGUUCAAUGCCACCAUCCACGGUGUGCGGAGUAGUCUUGAGGCUGCUGGCUUCAGUGUUGUCGUGCCGCAGAUUGGGCCUCUCAGCAAGGGCGAGAUUCUGGGCUGUACAUCGCCGCGACUACAAGAUGAAGACGGCAUCGACCUUAUCCUCUACCUCGGCGACGGACGCUUCCACCUCGAGAGCAUCAUGAUCCACAACCCUUCCAUUCCCGCUUAUAGAUAUGACCCAUAUUCUCGCAAGUUGACGAGAGAGACGUACGGCCACGACGAGAUGCAGUCGGUGCGGCGCUCAGCCAUCCAGACUGCCCGCAAGGCCCGUCGCUGGGGCCUUAUCCUCGGAUCUCUCGGUCGUCAGGGAAACCCGCAUACGCUGGCGCUGAUUGAGCGCGAGCUAGCGGAGCGAGGAAUCCCCAAGGUCGACCUUCUCCUGAGUGAAAUCUUCCCCGGAAAGCUGGCCAUGAUGAGCGAUGUCGAGUGUUGGGUCCAGGUGGCGUGCCCGCGUCUGAGUAUUGACUGGGGAUACGCUUUCCCGAGGCCGCUCCUCACUCCCUAUGAGGCGCUUGUGGUGCUGGGCAAGAGAAGCGGUUGGGGUAAGGAAGAUGGCGGUGAUGGCAUAUACCCGAUGGAUUAUUAUGGAAAAGACGGGCUGGGGAGGACGAAGCCGUUGGAGGGUGUUGCGGCGUGA